UGUGAUGCUGAAUUGAACUCGGAGUGAAGGAUAGAACAUGUAUAGAUGUGAUGUUUGUGGGCAAGACUUCAGCUAUUCCUUAGAUUUAAAGAGACAUGUUUGCAGGGAUAAAAAGGCAUUCACGUUGUCCCAGUGAUCAUGACCAUACAUAUUCUCAGCAGAAUGAGGUACCAAGAAUUCGUAUACCUUAUAUUUUUCAUCAUGACCAUAUGUAUUCCCGGAUGGAAAUGGAUACAGAUGCUGAACCAAACAUCUAUGGUGUCUGAAGUCUCAGUUACCAGGUUUGAUGACUCCUCUCAGCGAGAUGUACACACCGGGGCUCAUACAGACGAGAAACCAAAAAUGUACUCAUGUGAUGUCUAUGAUAAAGGGUUUGACGACUCCUCUGGGCCAGAUGUACACACCGGUACACCUGCAGAAGAGAAACCAAACAUGUACUCGUGUGGUGUCAGCGAUAAAGAGUUAAGUGAUUCAUCUCAGCUAGAGUUACUUGUUCCCAAUGUUGACAAGAUUCUAACAAGUAAAGUAGAGAGCCAGAAUAUGGACCAGAUUCUAACGAGUAAAGUACAGAGCCAGAAUAUGGACCAGAUUCUAACAAGUAAAGUACAGAGCCAGAAUAUGGACCAGAUUCUAACAAGUAAAGUACAGAGCCAGAAUAUGGACCAGAUUCUAACGCGUAAAGUACAGAGCCAGAAUAUGGACCAGAUUCUUACGAGUAAAGUACAGAGCCAGAAUAUGGACCAGAUUCUAACGAGUAAAGUACAGAGCCAGAAUAUGGGCCAGAUUCUAACAAGUAAAGGACAGAGCCAGAAUAUGGACCAGAUUAUUACAAGUAAAGUACAGAGCCAGAAUAUGGACCAGAUUCUAACAAGUAAAGUACAGAGCCAGAAUAUGGACCAGAUUCUAACGAGUAAAGUGCAGAGCCAGAAUAUGGGCCAGAUUCUUACAAGUAAAGUAGAGAGCCAGAAUAUGGACCAGAUUCUUACAAGUAAAGUAGAGAGCCAGAAUAUGGACCAGAUUCUAACGAGUAAAGUACACAGCCAGAAUAUGGACCAGAUUAUUACAAGUAAAGUACAGAGCCAGAAUAUGGACCAGAUUCUAACAAGUAAAGUACAGAGCCAGAAUAUGGACCAGAUUCUAACAAGUAAAGUACAGAGCCAGAAUAUGGACCAGAUUCUAACAAGUAAAGGACAGAGCCAGAAUAUGGACCAGAUUAUUACAAGUAAAGUACAGAGCCAGAAUAUGGACCAGAUUCUAACAAGUAAAGGACAGAGCCAGAAUAUGGACCAGAUUCUUACAAGUAAAGUAGAGAGCCAGAAUAUGGACCAGAUUCUUACAAGUAAAGUAGAGAGCCAGAAUAUGGACCAGAUUCUAACAAGUAAAGGACAGAGCCAGAAUAUGGACCAGAUUCUUACAAGUAAAGUACACAGCCAGAAUAUGGACCAGAUUCUUACAAGUAAAGUACAGAGCCAGAAUAUGGACCAGAUUCUAACGAGUAAAGUACAGAGCCAGAAUAUGGACCAGAUUCUUACGAGUAAAGUACAGAGCCAGAAUAUGGACCAGAUUCUAACGAGUAAAGUACAGAGCCAGAAUAUGGACCAGAUUCUAACGAGUAAAGUACAGAGCCAGAAUAUGGACCAACCAAGUAUUUUACAAAAUCACUCUGUUGCACAGUUAACAGAGAAAACAUACAAGUGUCAUGACUGUGGUAAAAAUGUUACGGAUACAAACACUCUACAAUUACUUGAGAGAAUACAUACCUGUACAGGACAAUAUGGUAAUAAGGCUUUAUGUAAUACAGACCACCUUGCCAGCGCUACUAGUUGUGGGGCAGAAGGUAAAUUCAGCUCUAUUGUAAGAGAAAGUGGGACUAGUCAUGCAUCAGAACUUCAUUUACAUACAAGCAUUCUGAAAAAGCAUUUUCGGACGGAUACAAACAGGCAGCGGUAUAGAUGUUUCAUUUAUGAUCUGAAUCGGGAUGUAAAAGUGGCACAUUAUAUACGAGAAAAACAACAAACAAAGAAAAUGUGGAAGUGUUGCAUAUGCCGUCAGUUAUUUUUCACCAAAAGCAGUCUGAAAGAACAUGUCAAAAAUCAUAACGGGAGAAAACAAAGACAGGUUUUAGUAACGAACAAUUCCACCCAUACAUAUCAGAAGCCAAAUAGUUUUACAUUUGAUGUUCCUUAUGAUGUGUCAAGUGAUUGCAUUCAGAUAGAGGCAAAUACUUCGGAAAAUGGAAGAGAUUCACGUAGUUCACAUCUUGAUGGUCAAUCUAGUCAAUUAGAUAGGCACAACCGGCAUGAUAAAAAAGAAGUGAAAAUCAGUCGUGCGUUUUCUGAUAAGUUACUUCAGGCAAGCUUCGUACAGAGACAGACUAGUGCACAAAUAUCAGAGAAAAGCUACAAGUGUAAUGACUUUGAUAAAGAAUUUAAGGAGACAAAUCACAUAAGGGAAUAUAUAAAGGAACAAUCCAAGAGUACCUGUCAUAUAUGUGGCAAAGUGUUAAACUCGGCUAAAACUCUAAAAGUACAUCUCAGAGUUCAUACUGGGGAAAGGUCAUAUAUAUGUGAUCGUUGUGGAAAGGCUUUUGGACAUGGAUCUACCUUAUAUAGACACAUCCUGAUGCAUACGGGAGAGAAGCCGCACAAAUGUUAUCUUUGUGGUAGGACAUUUACACAGAAAUCAACGUUGAAAAGACAUAUCAUGAUACAUUUGGGAGAAAAGCCGCAGGAGUGUGAUUUAUGCAGAAAGAGGUUUUUAGACUACCCGCUGACCUGAAAAUUCACAGCAGGUUACAUACCGAAGAGAAACAAUUUGAAU